CCAACAGAUCCAGAGCUACUUAAGGUCGAAAGCCCGUUUCAAAGAUUUCAAGCGGUUCUGCCGCCAUUUAUCCGCCCCAUACCAAUCCUUAGGCGUCUCGUCGCCAUAGGCGUAGUUAACAUACGCAUUCAAGCUACUUUGGCCACUUCCCUCGUGGAGGAUCUGGCGAAUCUUGUUGCCGAGUUUCAUCGCUCGGUCAUCCAGUUGUUUUCCGUUCGGCGUGUAGGUGAGGAGCGGUGCGGCGAGCAGGUUCUGGGAGCGGUAGGCAAAGGCCGAGGAACCAUCCGGGAUCGCUCUUACGGCCUGCAUCGCAUACCCUUCAAACAUGAAGAGUGAGUUGCUGAAGGGGGUGCCGGGGCUGGUGGUGGCCUCGACGAACAGAUCGUAUACCCGUCGCUGCGCGGAGGGGUUGUAUGAUUUGAGAUAGAUGGGGAAGCGCGGGUUGGCGUUUCCGGUUAUCUGGCAGGGCGUGUCGGAGAGUGAGAUGCCUGUCCACCUAGCCAGGUCAAGAUAAGUUCCUGGAGUGGACUCUUUGGAGAUUGGCCCCAGGUCAUGGAAAGGCUUAGUAUAUGCUGGGUUGACGGUGUCUACCCCUUCCUGGAUGAGAUACAUGACGACGACCGGCUAUCGAAGUUGAUUAGAUUUGUUAUGACAGACCCCAAAUUGGCAUUUGGGGCACACGCACCUUAUUCGGGUCAAUUGUAGGAUCGAAAAACCAGUAAGACCAGUUGACAAGAUGAACGGGCAUGGUCCCGUUUGUCAGCCACAUCUCGUUGGCAAGCUCAUAAACCGCCUCGACCUUAUCGCCGCUAAAGAUGAUAGUCUCCAGCGCAUAAUUGCGGUGCUUGAUAUCGUAGAUUUUGGAAACCACAGAGGUGACAAUGCCAAAGUUGUGGCCGGCUCCGUUCAUCGCCCAGAAGACAUCGGAAUUCUUGUCCACGGUGACCAAGCUGCCGUCGCCCUUGACGACUCUCAUAGAAACGAACUGGUCCCCAAUGAGACCAUGAUGGCCUUGGAGCCAUCCGUGGCCACCUCCCAGGGCGGGACCCAGGUAGCUGACACAUUCACAGGUUCCAGUCACUGCAAUCGGAGCUUAGCUAUCAGGACCGUUGUUGUAUAUAGGACAGUCAGUCAUAUGCGGAAUUGAUCGAUAGCUACUGACCUGCUUGUUUUCCAGCCGCCCACAACGUGUCCGUGACCUUCUUGGACUGAGUUCCGCCGCCAAUUGUGACCGUUUUCCCAUCACCGGCUAUUUUGAUCCUGUUCAACUUCUUCAGAUAGAUCUCGAUGCCAUGGGUCAUCUUUUUGAGAGUGGUGGUUGCCCCAUGACGGCCAUUUACCGCGAGGAAGGGCAGGCGUUUGCAGUUUGCAAACUUGACCUGAGCCGCAGAGAGACGACGAGGAGUAAGCUGUCACAUCCUUUCAUCGCAGACACCUUUUUUGAUUGAAAAUGAAGAGAAAUUGCUGCUUACCGUCUUGACAACAUCAUCUUCGGUGCCGGGAACAACAACAACGUUUGCCACGGGCACUGCCAGAUUGGACCAUCGUGCCACUGCGGCGUCGAACUCGUCCGACCCUGGUCGGUAGAUCUCGGCGGUGGACGAGAGUGUGCGCCCGAGUUCAGUGAAAUCCACUCUGCCACGAGCGUCAAUGCUGGAGAAAGGGUUGCCCUGGCUUGCUACCGCAGUUGUCCAUGCGACAAGCGCCGCAAGUGGAAGCUUGAGUCGAAACAUCUAUGGGGUAUCUAAGUAUCUAUAGAUAUCUCGAGAGCGCGCGAAAUGACAAGGAACGAUAACAACAGCAGCAGCAGCAGUAACAGUAACAACAACAGCGAGUGACUGAGCUACCCCCUGUGCAUAAUGUGAAGAGAGAAUUCCACCCUCUCAAUUUUCUUUAAAAAGAAAAGGCGGGAAAUUGCAGCCUGUCGCUUCUCUGCCAUUCGUUGAGAGUGUUUCCCAUCCCUGACAACCUAUUUUCUUAGCAUGGGAUAACUCAUUCUCCGUACAGGAAUCUUCGGCUAGCCGAACCUAAAAUGUUUCAUCUUCUGCUCAGGAGAAGAAAAUUGCUCAGUCCUUUCUUCGCUGUGCAUCCGAUUGUGAAGAGUUGCAUAUGUUCGCUUGCAACCCUUGCUGGCUGUUGCAUGAACCCAGGAAGUUGCUGUUCCGUUUAGAGCUUGUCAAGGUUGCGGCUAGUGUCCGGGCCUUGCGCCUAGAACACAUUCCCCGGGAAAUCCACGGCAGGGAGGCUGCAACUAACUCCUUGUUGGCGUGAGGGUUGCAGCUACGGGAGGCGCCAAGUUGAUCCGUUCAUAGCCCACUUGAGGGAUGAUGGAUUGAUCGAUCGCCUUACGAUCACCUUACUCUGCACCUUUUACGGCAGGUCGUUCAGCACGCGUUAAGCGACCCAUGCUAUUCAGCAAGUAUGAUAAAAUCAUAACUUUGGCCUAUGAACAUCUACGAAUAUAGAGUCCGGAACUUAGGCUAGCCUACUGAAAAGAUACUAACAUACCAUGCCAUGUUGUCAAGUAAAAUUUCCUGGCUCGUGUUGAGGGCUCGUCAAAUAUGCCAUGACUGAAAUGGCUAAGCGACGGGCACUCCUAAAAAAUUCACCACCGAUUGCCUCUACUCAAGUGUAUCUCGGAGUGCCGGUCGCCAUCUGAAUAAUGGCUGCUUUUGCAGAAUCUUUCCGGCGUAACUUUCUCGGACAGCCACUGGGACUUCUGGAACACGCCUCCUCUCUCCUCUCCGCGAUUCCUCGUACUCCAGCACCACUACACCAGGGGUCACUUCUCCCCGGGGUAGAGAGAGGAAACCCAGCCGCUGCAAAAUUUGGACCUUGUGAAUUGUCUGGGUAUAUUUCUCUCAGUGGAUUGGACCCUGUUUAAUGGAAUCAACAUGCACAUAAACACACAGAGGUAUAAUAAGCAGUACACCGCACUCGUUCAUGAAUCGUCGUACAAUCGCCUCGCGCUACCCGACGGGUCUUGACUCACUCUACCAACCCGAUCAUCGUCUUUCCUCUUUUAAUCUAAUGUCCGACUCCGAAGCGGCAGCCGCAACGGCUGUAGCAGCGACCGUUCGCGAAUUCAAUGUUGAGCUAUGGACACAGUAUGGAUUCGGCGUCCUCAUAACUGCUCUCAGGUCAUAUGCUCGAGUGAACGCCGUAGGUUUCAGAGACCUUCGGGUAGAUGACUACCUCAUCUGGUUUGCCAUAUUAUUAUACUCUGCCCAGUUCACGCUGGCAUUCUUCGCCGUCAAUCAUGGCCAGGGUCUUGCCAACAAUGGUAUGACAGAUGCCGCGCGAGCUGCUCUGGAUCCGGACUCUGAGGAAUACCGACUCAGGGUGUUCGGUUCUAAAAUUCAAGUGAUAGGCUGGACCUGUUACUCGUUCUUGAUUUGCAUGCUCAAGAUGUCAAUGCUUGUUUUCUACACGCGGCUCAUGGAGGGCCUUAGCAGGUAUUUCAGCAUUCGCAUCUGGUUCGGGAUUGGGCUCGUUGCUACAACUUUUCUCGCAUCAGUUAUAACAAUUUAUGCAGCAUGUCGCCCGGUCUCUAAGUACUGGCAGAUCAAUCCAGAUCCUGGUAACAGGUGCCAGGGUGCUGUGAGCAGGCCAAUUGUCUUCGUGACAUACAUCGCAAGCGUGCUCACCGAUAUCUACCUCAUUAUGAUACCCCUUCCAAUGCUUUGGGGUACAAGGCUAAAAUUAGCAAAGAAGAUUGGCGCCACCAUCGUGCUCGGUGCAGGAGUGUUUGUCCUCGUUUGUGCUACUUUGAAGACUAUCUUCGUGGAAGUGGAUCCCAUCCACGGCGCAGAGCUUGCUGGGAGAUGGGGUACGCGAGAGGCCUUCGUCUCAGUCGUCACCACAAACCUCCCCAUGAUGCUCCCCCUUGUCAGGAUGUGGCUCAAGCCGCUAUUGGGUAGCGCAAUCUUCUCGUCUCGCACGCCAUACAAACAUCCAACUAGCUUCCGAACCAUCGGCGGCGGCGAUGGAUAUAAUAAGAACAACUCCCACAAGUCUUCUAGUAAUAAACGUCGUGGACAAAAAGCUAGCUCUAACAACCAACAUACAACGAGCGGCACCAUACCACUCACCGAGAGCGAGGAGCAGAUUUUUCAGGAUGUAAAGUUGCAGAAUUUGAGAGUUUCUGCGGGGCCGCAGGCGGCGACGGCCGCGCCUCAGCAACAACAACUACAACCACAGGAUAUAGUUGUUUCUACGGAGUUUCACGUUACUGAGAAGAGAGCUGGGCGUAAUGCCAUACGCAGCCACGAAUCGUUUUAGCUGUAUAUAUGAUUAAUUUUGUCUUGAGCGAAUUUAUACUCUGAUUAGUUAACAAAAAGAAAACAAGAAAACUGAAAGCUAGCAAGCGCUGCGUUUCAUUCAUUCAUUUAUUUUUUCUGAUUUUUAACGAGCUUUUCAAAGAAACCCUUGCUCGUUCUAGCACCUGAAACAACAGCUACAUAACUACAACAAUUCAACAACGUUGGGAGUUUCUUGUCGUUGUAUCCGGCAGGGCAGAGUAGUUGGCCUAGUGUAGGCGUUUCGGGUAGUGGGGAUCCAGGUCCCUGUCCCUAGCGUCUCAGCAAAGUUAGCAUGCUUCAUUUUCCCCCUUCCUUCUCGGCUCUCAAGAGCUAUAUAGAUGUAACUAUACUCCGUACUGUGUAUGUAUAUUGUCGGGCCGCUCCGUCUCCUUUCAUGUGAUUUCCACCAUAUAAAAGCAUCCUUGAAGCUAGCUAUGCAGUUAGUGAUCUCUUGGAUCGGAAUCAAGCUUACUACAUACCAUACCUCUGUCAAAUAUAAUAAUGUAGAUUAGAUUCCCUUUGUCGAACUUAUAACUGACCAGGGAAGCCAGCAAAGAAGGCGAGAGGGGGCGCAGCAAAUCGAGCUCCUCUAUAUUGUGCGGAUACCACUGGGCCCCUGGCAUGCUCCCCCUUAGCAAAUUAUUCAAUAGUUAGUUAAUUAAACUAUGCUUUAGAUAAUUCCUUCCUGUUCUCGUUCCUAGUAUGUACUUGUAUGUACGGAGUACAGUAGUGUCCAAGAAGUCAGCAUACUAGGGGCUCGGUGCUGAGCAUCCUCUCAUAUAUCUCUCUUCUUUCUUGAUUUCUCAACCACUCAACAUCCACCCUAUGGGCUAAAAUAUGUCUUUCAAAUCAAGAACAUUUGCAUAAAGAGCAUUCUUCAGCUAUUAUCAAUACUAUUUUAAGUCUUCAUGAGCAGGAAUAUUCAUUUCUAUCUAUUACUCAGACUUUGAAACUACUCUGUCU